CAUAACUAGAAAACUCACCCACACAAAUGUGAGUUACCAUGGACUAUCAUGUGAAUUGUGGUUGAUGUAUUUCACCGUGAUAAUACAGUUAGUGCUGGUGUGAAGGCACUUUGAAUGUGUGCAUUUAAGGGAAUGAUAUACAUUGAUGUAGGUUUGGAACGGACGACAAACAAAUUGAUCAAUCAUGGAAUGUGUACAAUAUGAAGGUAAUGGAUGUGGGCGGGACUGAUUGUUGUCAGUUUCAUACAAAGGCUCUUUGGUGCCAUGUCAACUUACAGAACAACUGGAGGAAGUCAGAUCAUGAGAGAACAAAUAUUCUGAAGCCAUUUCCUAUGCUUCAGUCCAAGGUCAAAUGUCAAUUUGGCGCCAUUGGAAGAAACGUGUUGUUGUUGUUGACCAAAUCCCAGGUAUUUUUCUGUUGGAUAGAAACCAUGGCAACCAGUGUCAUCAUAAACAACCAGCCCCCCCAGCCCCCACCCCAGGCUAUUAUAGCAGUCCAGACCAACCAGUGGAGUACAGGCAUCUGUGGGUGCUUUGAUGAUCUGCAAGUCUGCUGCUUUGCCUACUGGUGCUUCCCGUGUUUCGCCUGCACCACUGCCUCUGAGUUCGGAGAGUGUUUCUGUCUCCCCCUGCUGGACGUGGGGUGCGGCGGCAUGCAGAUGCUGGGGCUACCCAGUUGCACUCCACCCGUCUCCAUGUCCAUGAGGGUGGCGGUGCGCAACCGCUACGGCAUCCAGGGGGACAUGACAGACGACUGCGUCUACGCCACCUUCUGUAACGUGUGCUCCUGGUGUCAGAUGGCCAGAGAGAUAAAGAGACGCAGCCAGCCAUUCACCCUCAUCAACGCCCAGCCCACAGUGUUGGCCCAGACCCAAGCCCAGGCCCAAGCCAUGAUGGUGGCAGCCUCUCCCCUGACAGGGGUCAUCUCCAGCCAGCCUCACAUCUCCCCCGCCAGCCCCCAGACCCUCAUGACCGCCAGGUUCAUGUAAUUUCUGACAUCACAAAGAUUUUUUAUGUGACUUGGUCCUGUUGCUUUAUGUCUCAUUUUUUAGUGCAUUAUUGUCCCCCAAAGAGUUGUAAAGUUUGUUAUAGUGCGUGGUUUAUUGGAGCAGAGAAAAUACAGUCUGUGUGUUGCUCAGAAUCCCUCUUUUGUGUACUGUAUGUAUGAGAAUAUGAGUGUGUGUGUGUGUAUGUGUGCGUGUGUGUGUAUGCGUGUGUGUGUGUGUGUAUGUGUGCGUGUGUGUGAGGGUGGGGGAAUUUCGUUUUCAAAACAGAAGGCUCUCUUGUAGCACUAACCUAACACCAGCCUCUAGAAUUCAGUGACUUUACAUUUCAGUCGUCUAUGAAAAGACAACGACGAAAUAAAAUUCACACCUUUUAAAAAAAAAAAAUCUUACCGUUUACGAGUUACCCUUCAUAAAUCUGUCAAAGCGAGAGGCAUGGAAAUAAAGUGUAUCACAUUUAACCAUCAAGUCUGAACUCUCUUGAUAUUCCAGUCACCUGCCUGUGUUUUGCUUCAACAACACAACUGAAUAAUGAACUCCCCCAAAGUAGAGCACAUCCAAAGUGAUUAUGGGCUACGUGUCGUAACCAUGACGAUGUGUGUAUGGCUCACUGGAAUCUUUUUGCAGAGGUUGAUCUGUUGAAGCCGUAAAACUUACAA